GUAACAGGUGAUGACAGUGAAGCGGUGUAUGUGAUCAUUUCUGCAUCGCUAUAGAAAAAAAGCCUUAUUUUUUUGUAUUACCGCACCGCUGUAACUGUGACAGCUGCAUAAACAGGAUUUAAACAAGUGCUUACGGGUUUAUCUCCUACCAGAAGUACGAAGAUAAAAUGGACAGGGACUCUUCUGGUGCUGCAGAAAGGACCGAGCCGGCGUCACCUUUGGGGAAAAAUAUUCACGAAGACACUCGCGCAGCUGAUUCCCGCGCCUCCCGGUCAGGGACCUGUAGAAAUACUGAUGUCGCACGAGCCAGGUGGACCCUGCUGAGACAGGUGUUGCGUCAGAAGCAGGUGGAGAGUCCGGAGGUCAAACAGGUGUCUGUUCGCAGGUUUGCCACAUUUGACCUUUUCAGCAGAAAAAGGCUUGUGGCACGAGACCACAGUGAUACCUCAGAUGACCAGUGGGUGGAGUACAGAAGUGUCUACUUUCCUGAGUACAGUGCCUUACUUAGGGAUAACAUGGGACCUCUUAGAGUUAAUGAAGUGCUCAACAGUUUUGACAACACCGGUAAUGUCUGUGUGUGGCCAUCUGAAGAGGUGAUGGCGCAUUACUGUCUGCAGAAACGUCACAUGUUCAAGGGUGCAGUGUGUGAGUUAGGAGGAGGUAUGACUUGCCUUGGUGGGCUCAUGGUUGCCAUUUGUGCUGACGUGACGGAAGUCCUGCUAUCAGAUGGGAAUGAGAAGUCCAUUCAGAAUGUUCGAGGGCUGGUUGAGAAAAACAGGCAAGCUGGAAAGUUUGGCUCAACAUAUGUAUCUUCCAGGGUAGUAAGGUGGGACUGUGAGAUGGAUAUUUCUGCACUGGAGGGUCACUUUGAUUUCAUCAUGUGUGCAGACUGUUUGUUUCUGGACCAGUACAGAGCCAGCCUGGUUGAUGCUAUAAGGAGAUUACUGCAACCCAGCGGCAUGGCAUUGGUGUUCGCUCCUCAGCGAGGGGAAACUCUAAGACUCUUCUGUCAACUGGCCCAGCAAGCUGGAUUUUGCAUCUCUCAACACCAUCAGUAUGAUGCUCAGGUCUGGGAUGUCCACUUGAAGAUGCUGAGGGAGGGAAAAGAAGUAUACGAUGAGAAUAUCCACUAUCCUCACCUGAUCACAUUGACCAAAGGACCUCAACCUGUCAGCCCCACUCAGUAAUACAGAACAAGUGAGCCUUUAACAGUAUACAGUUCCUUUGUAUUACUUGCUAGAUAUUUUAAUUUAGCAUCAAAAAGCUACUGUCCAUCUAAAAAUAGUCUCUCACCAGCCAUCCCUUUAACCAGGUGGCCUGCCAUUCUUGUAAUUGACCAAACAUCUAAGCUCUAGUCAGCCUGUUGCUCAUCCCUUUUCUUAAUCUUUCAUCCAAGAAAGUGGAUCACAUUGCCAAACUGUCACCUGGCCAACCAGGUAACCUUUGAGUACUGUGUCAGACCUUUAGUGACCUUCACUGCUAUUAACCUGUCAUCAUCAUAGCUGUUGAGCCAGUUAGUUGCUUAGUCAGUUAACCAGCUAUUCAAUCAGUCAGUUGCACUGACAUUUUCUCCAUCGUUCCUGAUACAGGUGGCAGUUGUUCAGUCAGUUGCCCCGAUUAAACUUAGUCAGCAUUAAUCCAUGCCACUGUGUUUCUGGCCUCAGCAUGGAGGCCUGCUUUACUUCAUUAACUGUUACAGGCUGCUCACAGCUUCCUCUGUUUCCUGUUUUAAUGUCUUUAAAUGCAACUCAUUCAUCCCAGUCAGAGGUCAAUAUUAAGAAUGAAUUUUUUUUACUUUGCAUUUGCAUAUUAUGCACAUUCAGACUAGCGAGCUACAGAUUGGAUUUGAUACAACAAUAUUGCAUUUUCAAAGCUCUGUUGAUGAUAUAAUCUGUGUUUUAACUGUACAACAGACAUUUGUUCUGAAUACCUGAAACUUCUGCUUGACUGGUAUUUUGUUAAAAAAAAAUCAAAAUGCUGUUGAUGAAAUUAUUAAUCAGACUUACUUGUCAUCCUCAGCUGCAUAUUUUCAGCUGGCUGCACUGAAAACAGUUACUGACAAUGCAAAGAUAUGAAACAUCUGAUACCAAAAGUGACACAAAUAUCUUAAAAAGGUCCUAAAACUGAAACAUCUGACUGACAACAAUCUGUUCACAUGGCAGCUUUUAAAAGCUACUGGUUUGAACCUUCAGGACAUGUGUGUGUAUCUAAAGAGAGAAGAAAUACAUACACAAAUAAUGACAUCACCAUUUGCAUUUAUUGACAAGUGACCCUGAAACUGUGGAAUCAAUAAAUUAUAUUAGUAUUUUUUGUGAAGUAGAUUUAUUAAUUAUCCCUCAAUUUCCACUAAGUAAAGACAAUCUGCUGCUAUUACUAACUGGCAUGUUCACCAUGCUCUGUGACUGCAGCACCUUGAUCUAAAGUCCUGCCAGCCAGGAGCAGCUUAGAUCUCUCAGUGUGACAUGGCUGUAUGUAAACGCCUAUGAUUUAUUGAGCGCAUUGCUUUUAUUAAACAGUAGGCCUAUUUGUUAAUUAAGUUUUUCUUGUGUGCAACAAAAAUAUUUUACCAUUUCAAGGAUCAGAAAAGGGUUUGUUUCUUUUCUUUCCUUCCCUGUGCCACAAAUACAGAAUACCUAAAAAUAUAUUUUUUAGUAUGCAUGUGACUAGAAUACGAGAACAGGAACACAGCUCAGUGAUUUUAAUGAUGAUGAUGAUGAUUUUAAAUUAAAAAAACUUUGUGGAAUCAUCCCUCAAAAUCAAUACGAUAAUAAUAAGAUUAUUGCUUUUACUUCUGCUGCUUACUGCAUUUUUUCCCAGCUGCUCUACUCAGGUCUUUUCUCAUGCAUUCACCUGUUUCCUGUUUCUGCUGACGUUACAAAAAAACAGCAAGUGCCAGUGGGUCACUCAAAUCUAAAGCUGUACCUAACACUGCGAGGGGGUUUCCAUAAUUCACUGUGAUUCAUUACCUUAUACAGCAGCCAAGAAGCUAUGCAGAAUCUCCUGGUCGCCAGUGUUUACAUUGUUCAUAUUAAAAAAGAAUUCGCUGGUAGAGAAUGCCAGUUUAUUAGUGGUUUUGGGGGGUUUCAAUUAUUCAAAACUGUUUCCAGUGCGAAGAUUUGAAAGGUUACAGAUAUAUGUAGGAUAACAUAAAUGUCCUCACAGCUGAUACUGAAUAUAGUGUUUUCAUCACUGUCUAGUGUGACAUCACCAGUGCUACCAGUUCGGUAUUAGGCAUCACUGUUUACUGUGGCCUCUGUGCUACUGUGCUGCUUCUUUCCAAAUUAUUGCCUGUGUUACUGGCAAAAUCUUCUCCUGUGACGCCUUCAAACAUGAACACACCGUCAGUUCUGUAUUUAUGAUACUAAUGCUUAGACUUACUACUUCUCACUGUGACAACAGACAUUCAAGAAACUGCUGACAGGUGGCAUUAUUCUGAUUUUGCUGCCUAAUAUCAAAAAUAUGGGGAAAUCCUUAAAAAAUGUUAAUUUGCAGGCCAUGUCCACAGUACUUUGUGAGAGCGUAAGGUUGGUUUUUGUUUUUUCCAUUGAUCUUUUUCUACAUGUCUUUUUUCAGCCACCAGAAAUAGAAAUACAAUAAAAAACACAGUUUGAAUAAAAUUGAGAUGUGGUUUGCUGUACAGAGCCUCAUGUUAAUGGUGUAGAAGAAUAGCUUUAAGAGUUUUUAUAAUUGAUUUUUUUGAUUGCAUAACAUUCAGAUAAAAUGUCAGAUAUAUCAAUAAAAAUUUAAUGACUUUUAUGUAUGUGGACAUGGCCUUAUGUAGUGAGUUUCUCCAUUCAGUAUUUUCCUUCUGCUUCAGUGUAAUUUUAUGAGUGGGUGUUUUUUUUUUUCUUUUCUUCU